AAAAGCUAAUCCAAAAGAUGCAAGAUGAGAAGAAUGGCGUACCUGUACGGACCGUGAAAAGUUUCAUGUCCAAAGUGCCAAGUGUCUUCACAGGUGCUGAUUUAGUUCAAUGGCUGAUGAGGAUACUAGAUGUAGACCAGGCCAAUGCUAUUCAUCUUGGGUCACUACUAGCUGCCAACGGCUACUUCUUCCCCAUCACGGAUCACGUACUCACCCUCAAGGAUGACAACACAUUCUACAGGUUUCAAACGCCAUACUUCUGGCCGUCGAACUGUUGGGAACCAGAAAAUACAGACUAUGCUGUUUAUCUGUGCAAACGAACUAUGCAAAACAAGUCCAGGCUGGAACUGGCAGACUAUGAAGCGGAGAACUUAGCCAAGCUGCAGCGAAUGUUCUCAAGAAAGUGGGAAUUUAUCUUCAUGCAGGCAGAGGCACAGGCCAAAGUGGAUAAGAAGAGAGACAAGAUGGAGCGAAAGGUUCUGGACAGUCAAGAGAGGGCGUUUUGGGACGUGCAUCGACCGGUACCCGGAUGUGUCAACACAACAGAGAUGGACAUAAAGAAACUCAGUCGUAUCAAUCGUACGUGUAAGAAGAAAAAGAUGAAUUUCGGAGCGGGAGGUGAGAGAAUUAGUCCAUGUGCAUCAGAUUCAGAUCUUCAGUCACAUUCUGAAGAACUCAUCCGAACGGAUGCAUCUCAUCAUGAGCAUCUGCACUUUGCAUGUUGUUCACCCAUCUUGUUCCUCAAGCGCAAGGUUGAAAUGCAGGCAGCAAGAUUAGAAAAGAGACAGUAUAAGACGUCGAAAGUAGCUGAACUAUUGAUAAGUUACUGUCAGCAGUACCGAGACUAUGAUAGUUUCCUGUCAGCACCAACAGAAGGAACCAAUCCCUGGCUAUCCGAUGAUCCCUUAAUGUGGGAAGCUGCCACAACCAUGAACCUGAAGGAUGUACCUGUGUGGCGAGUCAAGAAGUGGGGUUUCUCCUUCGACGAUUUGCUGAAGGAUCCGUUAGGCCGAGACCAGUUUGCAAGGUUCCUUGCCAAGGAGUUCAGUCAAGAGAAUCUAAGAUUUUGGAUAGCAUGUCAAGAGCUGAAAGCAACAGCGAUUAGCAAGGUACCAGCCAAAGCACAGGAGAUUUACAAUGAAUUCCUGUCCGAGUCAUCACACAGUCCAAUCAACGUGGACUCCAAGGUCCGGGAGGUGACCCGGAAAAACAUGAAAGGAGCUGGGAGGUAUACAUUUGACUCGGCCCAGGACCAUAUCUACACGUUGAUGCGGAGCGAUAGCUAUCCACGAUUCCUCAAAUCAGAUCAAUAUAAAGAACUUCUUAAUCCCAAGAAAAAGUGCCUGAGUCACUGGGAAAAGACUAAAUCACUCAUACCCAAACUGCCCAGUCUGGCCAAUCGGAUGGACUUCCUGGAUAAGUGAAUAGCAAUGCAGCAAAGCAAGUUUCUACACCAUCUGACCAGCUUUCAUAUAGGAUGACAAGAAGCCGUAGUGGUCAUCUAGUGCCCCCCUUCUACUCCCCUUGCCUAUUCCCCUUUGUAUCCAACCCCCUCAUCAUCUUCCUUAGAUUCCAUAAAUGCCAAAAAAGAACUCAACGACACAGCCCUGUCUGAGACAAUGGACUCAAUUAAUCAGGAUUGUGUCAUGAAUCUUGCAUGGAUUCAAAACGGAUGGAGAGAAAACAAACUCAAACCGAGACAGUUAUUAUCAAAACUAUCUCAUAGCAACUGAUAGUUCCAGAUUCCAACUGAUCAUCCAAAUCCAGUGGUUGGUGCCGACUUUUAUUAUUUCCCCCCUCCUGUUCCUCGUGGAUGACCCAAAUGCUGCGGCAGGCCUCAGUGAUGGAAGAAAGCUUACAUGCUGCCCUCAUGGUUGACCGACAAGCAGCUGAUGUAUAAAUGAGGACAUAACACACCGUCCUGAAACAGAAGAUGACUGUGGUAAACCAGUAAUCAGCAUUCAGAAUGUGGAUCGAGUCUGACGUAGCCACCUGUCUGUUACGACAUCAUCACUUAUCAAGGAGUAAAUUCACCUGUUCCAUUUAUUGCUGCAAAGAUCACCACCUCGGUAAGCACCACAAGCAGGUUUAUGCAGCUGACUAUUUUCAAGAAACCUGUGCUUCGGCUUGGGAGGUUUCUUGAUGUGGUUAAGAAACCCAACUUGUCAAGAAUCGCUGGAACACGCAUACAAGAGGAACGUCGAUUGAGACUUGGAGAUUUCAAACCAAUGCAGCAAUAGAGAUGGAAAUGUCCUCAAGUUCACGGGGCAUUUGGAAUCAAAAUGUACGUUUUAGGAACCUGACGUAACAAAUGGAAUAGUCCUCAUGAAUAUUGAAUAGAUUCAGCUUGGUGUCAAGUGCAUCAUUAAGUGCUUGCCAGCAACCAAAAAUGCAGCUCUAGUCUACUUUAGUCUUUUGCUCGAUCGAUAGGAGGAGUUCGUCUUCUGGUCUGAGAUUUCUCACAGUUCAGAACAAUGUCAAAGUCAUUUACUGAACUCACCAUCGAAAAAUCAUCACAAAGAAGUGUUGCCGCAAGCUUAACACUGCAGAAUACAAGGCAACCUUGCUCUCAGGAGUCAGGCAUCCAACACAAAACCAAAUCAUAGCUGAGUUUGAUUUAUCACAAGUGAAAUUUUGAUGAUGGUCGCAUCGUUCAAACUGAAAUAUAUUUAACCAGGAGUGCAUGUAAAGAAUCCGCAGUACAACGUCUGCAUGGAGGGAGUGCAUGAUCCAGAGUAGACUACGGAGCUACAUGAAGAUAGGUGCAUGUAAUCAUAGGCCAUAAAGAAACCCCACUGUGUGGGGUAGAAUUGGGCGCAUCGGCAAACAACCAAAAAGUAGCAAGGAAUAACUUCAUGUAAUACACCACCCAGUGACAACCAAACUACAAAGUAGGGGUUUCAAAGCUGUUUUCAUUUUGUACGGCAGCCAUUAUUAAGCUGCUUGAGAGUUUCUCAUCGCACCAUGCAAGGGAAGUUUAUUUCUUGCUGUUUUAACCAAAGUCAUGAGAGUUUGAACUCUCUCUCUGUCUUUGUGUGCUAUGUCACAUAUAGAUAGAAAAGCCUUCCUACUGUAUAUUGGAAAUUAUUUCAAAGCAUUUUGUGUACAGAUGUACAAAUUGAGAAUAUCUGUUUCUGUUCUUGAGAAUAUCUGUUUCUGUUCUUGAGAAUAUCUGUUUCUGUUCUUGAGAAUAUCUGUUUCUGUUCUUGAGAAUAUCUGUUUCUGUUCUUGGGGAUAUCGUUUUUGUUUGUUAAUUAAUUGAGUGCAGUUUUACUCAUAACAGACACGUUAUAUAUACAGAAGAACUUUUACUUGAUAAACUCUGUAUAGAGAAACUGUGUUAAUUUUUUUAGUUGAUGCAAUUGAAGCGUUUUAUCGGAGUAGUGGGUGUUAGUGAGUUUGUGCAUGACUGUGCGAGAUGGAUUUUAACUGUGCAGAAUUAAAGGCAAUGAGAUUAUCAAAAAAAUGUGCGGUGGGCACAAGUUUUUAUACAAUUAAUGAAUUGGGUAACUAGACUUUUGAUGCCAUGUAUGCAUGUAUGUGCUGCACAAGCAUUAUAAACAUGUAGGCCUAUAUAAUAAAUAAAUAAAAAAUAGUUUUUUUUUCUUCUUGUGUUUUCGUUGAUAGUGAAAAUCACUGCACAUGUUUUUUCUUGAACAAAUACACAAGUACAUGUAUCGAUAACAACAACAAAAACAGUCAGGAUAUUUUUUUAAACCAGGUUUUAAACUGUCACAGUUUAAAGGUAGGUUUUGAUGGCAUAUUAUCACAAGUACAAUUUGUCCGUAGCUGUCUUGUUGCCUAACCCUUGGGAGACCACUCAAAUUCUGUCCUUUGUUUCUGUCCAAUCAGGGCUGAUUUUCUAAAUUUUGUAACAUACUUUCUUUACAUGCAAAUGAAGUGGACGCUUGCUUUGGUUUUGAAAUCGGUAAGUCACAUCCCAGUCAUGCCAGUUUGACUGAGUUGCAGACAACAUUACUCAACCAGCUCUUUUCAAUAGAUUUCAAAUUUUCAUCGAGGAUAAUAAAUAUUAUUGGGUUUUACCCUCACACCCUAAGUGUACAGAACCAUACUCGGUACUUUCCCGAUCCCGAGUCCAAUGCAAAACCAUGUUACUCGGUAGGAUUCGAACCCGGAUGACCUUUGCCAUUCUAGAACAGAUGUCUUACCACUAGCCUACCCUGCUUGUCAGGUGUAGCUAGGGGCAGUUUGAAUCCUUCAUUUUAGCACCGGGUCCCACAAUGAUUUUAAAGUUAUAAAUUUGCAUCUGGGGAUAAUUUUCUUCUUUUUGGGGGGUUACCCAUUACGCAAACACUGUUCAAGAAAAAUCUUCUACAUUGCAGAAAUGAACACCCGUCAAAAAUAGUUCAUUUGGCAUAGUUUUGUGGGCUGGUUACCUUAUUUUAGCAGCACAAAUUUCUUUUGUGCAUGAAGCUCUAUGAAAUUAGGACAAAGGUGUGAUGAUUAUGAAGACUUUUUUUUUAAUGGAAGUAGAUCCAAUCUUUAAUGGAAGUAGAUCCAAUCUUUAAUGGAAGUAGAUCCAAUCUUUAAUAGGUUAUUUGCAACUUAUCUGAGAUUUUUUUUUUUUUUUUCGGCCACUUGCGGCAGACAUGGGCUCCAAAGGGUUAGUAACAAAAUAAGUUUCAAUAAAUGAAUGAUAUUUUUUAAACUCUGGAUAAUUUUAAAAGACCAAUACUUUUGAAAAAGUAGAGGAACCUUUUGUUAUUGGUUGCCUUUCUGUUCCAAUUGCCAUCGGCCAUUUUGUUUUUGGUAUCAUGAAUAUUUGCGUUUAAUUUUAGCAGUCAACAGUUGACCUCGGUUUGGGAGGUUAUUUUUUUAACUAUUUGUAAUAAAAAUGUUCAGGUUUGUCAAGGAGAAACACCUACAAUUUUUAUUCAUCAACUGAUGGUAAAAUACUGGUCCGAUUCGAAUAGCCACCAUGGUUUAUUAGUGAGCUACAAAGUGUGAUCGCUUCAAACCGCCCAUAAAAUAAUCAUAGUAUCUUGAUAGAGCAUUCACUUUUAUAAGCGAGGCAAACUUUAGCCUUCAGCAAGGUGUUGGAGUUUUAUUUCCUUUUUUUUUUUUAAUAUAUAGUUUUUUCUUUCCUUGCACUACUGCGCUACGCGCCCAAACCUUAUGCAGUCUGUGUGUUUACAUGCGCACUGUGCAUGAAUGUAUACUACGCAGUGCUUGCGUGGUGUGAGAUGGACUCUCCAAGGUCCCUCUGUAUGCGGCCAUUUAUAUGAGUGCGGAUGACCCACGCACAGUAGUAGUAUGGGUGGCGUGCUCAUGGUCAGUGUUCAGUACAUCGGUUGUUUAGACUGGUUUUAGUAGCAUCAUGAUGAUAAUUUACCGCGCCAACUAUAAACCAUGGUGGCUCAUUCGCAUUGGCUGGAGUAAUACAAUUUUAUCUAAAUGCUCAUUUUAAAAACUUCUGGAGCUAUUUCCGUUUCAGGUUUAUCCUGAACUUUUUCUGUACUCACUAUUACAAACAAACAUUAAUAAAAAACACCAAAAACAAACAAAUUUUUAAAUGUUUGAUGAAUACCAUAUUGUGGGAAUGAGUGUAGAUUUAGUGAAGUGUGCGUUCAACCUUUGUGAGAAAAAGGUUCUGGGUAUAUAAAUAAUACAAUGUGUAUAUUGUAAUUGCUUUGUUUAGUUACGAGAAAAAUGAGGAGGUGCGAAUAUAAAGACACAUUUUUCAAUGUGGGAAAAUAUAUAUUAAAAGCAUUAUUUGAGAUGUACAUGUAAAUAAAUACAGGUUAUGUACAGGAAUAUGAUAGAGUCAUUUUUACAGCCCAAAACUCUUAGCUGUAAGAGUAUUGAUAUACUAUUAAUCUAGUCAAUGGAGAUAUAUACAGUUUUAAAGAAAUAAGGAGUAUCAAGUAUGAAAUGUUUCACAAAAAUAAAUAAAUGGUAUAUUUAUUAGUGAGUUAACUAUUGGAUGAUUUUUAUUAGGUAGAGUGCAAGGAGUAAUAGCAAAGCCAAUGUGUUUGCCAUAUUUGGGUUUCUGUUGAGUAAAUCACCGUGCACUGCAGCUGGUUUUAGUUUAAUCGGGGGUUAUUUCAGCCAGUCACAGAGGAUGGGGGUUUAGCCGUCAGCCAAUCACAGCAAUGGGCUGUUAUCUGUGGAUUAAGUUUUGCAGUCCACCAAUCACAGAUGAGCUUUGGGUUGGCCAUCAACCUUUCAUAAAGGGUUGCGUUUUGCGAAGAAUGUUGUCAUGUUUAUUUCCAUAUCUUGAUUGCAGAUCACAGUAACCUACCUAGCCCAUAAUAACAAAAAGGAAGUGCUUGUCUUUGAUGAGUUGACAUAUUUUAAGGAUCAAGGAUCAAGGUCGUGUCUCUAUCUGGCUUAAAUGUGAAGGGAUGGUGAAAUAUUUGAGGAUGUUUAAUUUCCUCAAUCUAUCCCCACUUUAGAUUCCUUUGGAAAAAAUUUGAAUUGUGGUUGACGCCGACUACAAAUCUAGAAAACAUUUUGCUCUCUGAUACUUAACACUGUUUUCUUGAUUCCAUUUGGUUAAAAAAAACAUUCAGAUCCUGUUUCUUCAACUUUGGUGUUUGAAUAUAUUUUCACCCUUUAAAAAAACACCAGAAUUGAUUGUUACCUUGAUGUUGCAUCAACCCCACUUAAGAUAUCUUUGGGAAAAAUUUGACUACAGACUGGUGUUAUUUGACACUCCAAUCCAACACUGAUGUGGCUGCUGAUUCACGAUAGCAUUACGGAACCACAUUUAGUUGUCAAUUACAGCUGAAACACUUUGGGGGUAAAAACUCUGAAGUGAAGUAAUCUUUUGUGGGCAGUUGGAACCACUAAACUGUGGCAUUCCUACUAUGCCUUUUUAUGAUUUGAUUCCCCCUCCCUCCCCCCCCCCCAAAAAAAAAAGAAGAAGAAAGAAAGACAUUAAUGUCGGACAACGUAGUGCGGCACGUCGUUAAACCAAAUGUCAAGUUCAAAAUUCUUAUACCAGGGUAGGUUACUGUGCUGCACUACCUCAAACUAUCAGAAAUGACCAAUGAGUAAUCUGGAUUCACUUUGGACGAAACACUGUACACGGGAAAGUCUCAAAGCUCUGGGUACGAGCGCAGUUCAUAGAAAAAAGACAGAAUUUAUUAAGCCCCGCCUACUGUAACCAGAUGAACAUGUCUGUUAUCAAAUCAUCCCAAAACGUCAAAUGCACAACUUAGCUCUCCAAAAACCAGUCUGUUUACAUUUUGUUAUAAAAGUUCAAUGUGACAGAUUUUGGGUGGAUAUUUUGGCGGGUUGGUGAAUGUAUUCAGUAGGCUUGGCUUAAUGGAUGCUCUGCAUCAAGUCUAGCCAAGAUGUGAGCUGUUUUUUUCCUCCCGGUGUUUCGUAAAGUGUGCUCAUUAUGAAUCAUUAUGAACCAUUGAUUUCAAGUUGGAGGUACAAAAUGGUGUCGGAUGGGGAGGAAGGAUGGGGGACCUUUGAUGAUGGCCAACAGGCUUGGAGAAUCUUGACCAAAACGUAGCUAGACUAUUAACCAUGUAUUCUCUGAUUACGCACAGUAAAUGGUGUGCACCAAGGUUCAAUUUUUGUAGUAAAUUUUUAAAAACAAAACUCAUUCAAGAUGAUUUUUAGAAUGAAAUGUUUUAUUUGAAAUGCUAUUUAGGCUUUUGAAUCAACAUCCCAUGAACCCGUUGUCUCGUUGUGAUAUUUAUGAGCAGUAUAUUAUGCCCCAUGUCUUGUAUCCCCAAACAAAAUUAUUUUGAAAUCGGGUAAACUACAGCAAAACUAAACAUCGUGUUCAUAAAUAAGAAAGUUGAAUUAUAUGAAGAAAAUAAUCAGGUUACCAAGCAGUAUGAGACUCGUCGCUAUCAGCAAUAAUAAAUCAUGCAAUACCACAGGUAUCAAUUAUCAAAUAAAAGAGAAAUGCCAGAGUGAAAAAGAAAAUGUGAACAUAGUUUACGCUCAACAAAAAUGACUCAAUGCGCACAAUUUGUACAUCACAGGAUGGACAAGUCAAAGGCAACCUCUGCUCACAAAUGUCACAACAAAACUUAAAUAACAAUCAUUGCAUACUUUGCAUUUUUAAUUUGUUGCGGGUUCCUGAAAUAUGUGGACAUUUUUAACGUUUAGUUUCUGUUUUGACAAAGAUUGCCUAAGAAGUGAUUGGGGGAUAGAGUGGCAGGUUUUUGUAAGGCUCAGGACUUUGGGACAUACUGAAUGUGUCAAAAUGGGGCAGAUACUAAGAUCUCGCCAGUCAGGGUUUCAACAUCCUGUGAAGAUUCCAUUCUAUUAGCUUUGAGUUAUGGUUUGCUGCAUCUUUCAAUUUUUUUGCAAAUUGGUAAUAAUCUUGUCUUAAGCUCUCCAAAUACGGUCUGUUACCGGUAAAACAAUCGCCUUCAUGGCAUUUGUCAACUGUUCAUGCGCAACUGAACGCCACUUAUUGGAGUGCUAUAAUAAGUCAUUAUUAUAUAUAUUCAAACCUAAGAAACACUAAUAUCAAGGAUUCUGACAUAAACAAUUUACACCAAAUGGCAUUUUAAAAGGCAAACUGUGUUCGGAGCUGCAAACUGCACUGCUGAGUAGUAAAUCUGCCUUCUGUUCUUUGAUAACAAAUCAUUUUUUGGGCCGUACUUGGUCAUUGUAGCGUUCUUUUCUUACAUUCUUUGUCUAACAGAGUAUGAAUCAUUAAUUCAUUGUACACCGACGCACAGUGAACCUUAUUGUUCUCUCUUCAACGCUCGUCUUGCUUUUGCACAUGUGCAAUAAAUGGUUUUCUUACUCUGAAAACAUGCAACUCUA